CAUUUUGCGUUUGCGAGAGGAUAGUUAUGAGUUUGUGGAACAAUGGCCAUUGCAGGCUGAGAUGGUGUAUGCUCCAUAUUGCUCAUGGUAGUUUGCAUUUGCAGUCCCGUGUUUUCGUGUCCUUGCGCGUUGUCUCGAUUCUGGCGAGGUGAUGAUGAUGACGACGACGACGACAGCGUUCGACAACAACCAUCAUGGGGCAAACCGCAAGCAAAGAACAGUUGAUUGAUCUGCUCAGCGACGAGCUGCGCUUAGGCGUUGGUUGUGUCGGGGAAUGCAACGAGAAGGAGAACACCGUGCUGUGCCUGGUUGAGCAGCGUUGGCUGGCCGGUGUUUCUUCACUGGGCCUGGUCUCCACACCGGUGUACGACGGCGACCAGACAUCAACGCCAUGGCUACAAGCGGCCGUGCACGAGCAUGAAGCGCUCAUCACUGGUUGGCAACGCGUGGCCAUCAGAGUCAUCGUCAAGCCAAACAGUGGAGAAGCCGGCCAUGAUGUUGGACGAGCACCAGUGGCGGCGGCUAGAGUCCUGGUGCCGCCGUGCAAUCCGCAGCUCACCAGCAGUGUGGUGGUGAUGUCGGAGAGCGGCGGUGGUGGUGGUGGUGGUGGUGGUGGUGGUGGCGGCGGUGGUGGUGGUGGUGGUGGUACGGAGCAGGCGCACUACGCCGAGGGCCUAAGCUGGCUGGCGGCGCACGUGCAGCACUGCCAGGCGGCCAUCACCACCGGUCUGAUGGCCACCAACGGCGAAGUCAUGACGCAGCCGUCACCCCUGGCUACCACCGUGACGACGUCGUUUGUGCAGCAAGUACUCGACCAGCUCUACGGCGGUGUUAAGCUGCAUAAUCUGGAGCACGGCCACUUGCCCAGGUUCACGCCGGCGCACACAGAAGCCUACGCAUGUCACCCGGGUCUCUUGCCCGUGCUCGGUGCGCUGGAGUCGAAGACGGCGUUCUACGUUCUGCAUGCUUCGCCGCCGGCCUCGCUGCGCCAGGCCGUGGCGUACAGUCCGGCGUUUCUGACCGCGUCGACGUCGCGCCCCAUGUUCAUCCUCUACCAGCUGCUGCAGGUCAUGGCCGAGUGUCACAUGGCUGGUGUAACGCACGGCAGCCUGGACGCGGAGAGCGUGCUCGUCGACUCCGACCUGUGGGUGCAGCUCUACCUCUUACGCUUCGGCAUGCGUUUCCACCGCUCCACUGCAUCGUCCUCCUCUGCCGUCAUCAUGCCCGGUGCCGAUGCUGCAACACCGAUAGCUCAACCCCACCGCCGGGAUGAUGUUGGGUCUCCGUUGGCGAGUCGGAUUCUCGGGUCGCCUACAUCGUCGUCGUCCGCUUGCCUUUCUCAGCUGCUGCAGGAAUGGGUCGACGGGCACCUGAGCAACUUUGACUACUUGAUGGCGCUGAACAAGUUCGCUGGUCGUUGCAAAGGCAAUCCCAAUCAGCAUCCGGUUCUGCCGUGGGUGGUGGAUUUCACCGAACAGGACGGCGGCUGGAGAGAUCUGAAACAGUCCAAGUUCCGAUUGAACAAGGGCGACGACCAGCUGGAUUUCACGUUCAAGGCGCAGCUGCCCCCGCUGGGUAGCAGCAUGUCAGCGGCGUCGGUGUCAUCACUACCACCGCACCACGUAUCCGAUAUCCUCUCUGACAUUACCUACUACGUAUACCUGGCACGGCGCAUGCCACGCUCUCUGCUCUGCCGCUACGUUCGCUCCAAGUGGGUGCCGCACGAGUACCCUACCAGCAUGCACCGCAUGAUGCUCUGGACGCCCGACGAGUGCAUACCAGAGCUGUACACCGACGCGUCCGUCUUUCGCAGCAUCCACGACGACCUGCCCGACCUGGACUUGCCGGCGUGGACGCCGAGCGCCGACGAGUUUGUCGAGUGGCACCGCGGCAUGCUGGAGUCCGACCGGGUAUCGCAGUACCUGCACCACUGGAUCGACCUGACGUUUGGCUAUCAGCUGUCGGGCCGGCACGCCGAGAAGAGCAAGAACGUGUGCCUGCAGCUGGUGCAGACGCACGACAAGCCGAUGAACCACGGCGUGACACAGCUGUUCCGACGCCCGCACCCACAACGGCGAAUGGCCACCGUGGCGUCGACCGACAGCGUGCCGGAUGCCUCGGUCUUGUUCACUGACGACAGUGGUGCAGUGCCGGGCACACCGAUCCCCGGUACGAAAUAUGCCAUACACUCGUCAUCCACAAUGCAGUUAAUGGACUCGCCUUCUAAGAGUCGCUCACCGUGGGGCGUCAUAUCCGCACUAUCGCAUUCGCCACCGGAAGCAGACUUGACCGGCGCAGGCAUGGCAGCAUCUGGCACUCGUCAAGAGCUCGACUCUGUUCAGCGGGCUUCCUCGUCGACGUCAAUACUCACAAUGCCGCGGCUCGAUUUCAACGCCGCGGUUGCGGCCGGUGGAGCGGCUUCUGAGGUGGAGGCGGUCGGUGUGUCGGCCAUCGAGUCUACCGGGCCGUGGCCGUCUUCGGUUGUGAACGAUGCCGCGGCCACUUCUGCCGGUGCAUCCUUCUCUGCCGUGUCUUCUUCGGUGAGCAGCGCGGUGAUGGUAGAUAUGAGCGAUUGCGAUGGCAGCAAGGAGGACUCUGUCCAGUUUGAGGUGGAGUACCCGUCAACGCAGGUCUUUGAGCUGAAGUCGCGCAGCAAGCCGCCGCCACCCAAGAAAGACGACAAACAGGUAGCAGCGGCACCAGCGGCAGUAACAUCGGUGCCGGCAGGAGCCAUGGCGAAGGCUGAUGUGGGGGACAGUGCACUGCAGCCACCGGGUGCUGUUGGUGUGGCGGCAGCGGUUAAGGACAUGGCAGCAGACCCUACCUCUCUAGCCACUGCACAACCAAUGAUCAGCGAGGAUCUGCAGAAAAGCAGUCGACCGGAAAAGCCCGCUUUCUUUGCCCAGUCAACGUCGAUUCCGGCCGCCGCCAGCAGGCCGCUUGGUCUGUUUGCAGCGAAACCUACGAAGGAAGGCGGACAGCCUGAGUGUCUCACCAAGCCCAUCGUCCUACCGGAGUCGUUCCAGCCACUCGAGAUGCUGGAGUCCGUGGACAGCCUGCACGUGUUUCUGACGGAAUGCCAGACGCCUGGCGGUGGUGACCAGGCACACUCGAAUGCAGCGCUGGACAAACAGGAGAACAAGCGGCGACGAUGGCCGCUUACUUCCAGUACAGAAGCGGAGGUACCGUUACCUGUUGUCGCUGAGCCGUCCUCGUUUGUGGAGAGAGCACGUCAUGACAUGCAGAGUCUGGCGUGCGUAGCCGUGCAAAUGCUGAUCCCUGGCAUGCGUGCCAUGCUACUGGGCGAGGCCAGCCUGGAGAGGAAGAUUGAAAUCAUCCGACGUGCUGCUGACGGACGCCUGUCCACUUUGCCCAGUUGCAUUCGUCACGCGGUGACGGCGUUGCUGGGACUGAGGCAGGUGGACGUGGCCUACGUGCCCGACUUGCACCACGGCACAGUGCUGGCUCACGCGCCCGGCCCGCAGCUCUCGCCGCUCUUCUCGUUCUUCCAGUUCCCGGCGUACUUCCACCGCCUGUACGCCUUCCUGCGCCUGCUGAAGCAGUGGAAAGCGCAGCCGGGUGGUUGUCACUCGCCCAGCGGCGGCAUGGCCAGUCCGGUGCUGUCCGCUACUGACAAUCUCAUGAUGACCAUGCAGGUAGGAUGGUCACCGAGCAGCGUGGACGAUGAGGGUGCCGAUGAUGCCGCCGCGAGUGCGAGCGGCCGACACGCGUCGCCGCGCUCGCAGCUGAUCAACAUGGUAUCGCAGCACCUGCCUCAGCUGCUGCCCAUUCUGGAUGCGGAGGCGUUCACCACGCUGCUCCUGCCACACCUCAUGCCACUCUUCUCCGGCGCUCAUCACUCGGCCAAGGUGGCCGCCGAGGCCAUGUUCCGCCUGUUCGACAUUCUGGCACGGCGACUUGGCCCCGCGCAGACCUCGCGCUUCUUCCUCAAGCCGCUCUUCAGCCUGUUUGAGCUGAUGCUGCACCCGCAGGCCGCCGAUGUGGAGCGCAGUCUUGCUCUCCUGCUCAACACGAGCUUUCUCAACCAGGUCGUGAAUCGCUUUGGUCUUAUGCCGUUCCUGGACCACUUUGUUCCAAUCUUGAUCAACAUCGUCACUGUACCGUUGGUCAAGAAGCCCGAGACAGCGGACGCGGGAGGAACCGACGUCGACACGAGGAACACGAGCUCGGACGAGCAGUCACCUGCUUCCGAUCUGCCCGUGGUGGUCAAGUCGCCGUUUGUACAGCUCUGUGCGGAUGCCCUUCUCUGGCUCUCGCAGUUACUGGGUCCAAUGCUGGCCACAAAUCAUGUAUGCCACGCGCUAAUGAGCCAACUCUACCAAUGCUUCCCGCUCACUGCCGACGUGGCAACGUCCGGUCGCUAUAGCAACCGCUAUGCCCUGUCGGCCGUGCAGUGUCUGGUGAACAUUGUCAUUCUGUUUGGCGAGCCGUUGCUGCUGGAUGAUUAUAUCAAACGACUGCUCGACAUGGUGCGUUAUAGCACCGGUGGUGUGUUGACAAUCAAGGAGCAGCAGCGUAUCGCCGCCGCUCUCUCCUUCUUCAGAACUCUCCUGCCGCUCAUGUCCCAGCACGUGCUGCUCAACUGCUUUGAAAAAUUCCACCAGUCUCUGUUCUACCCGACCAUCAAGCUCCUCUCGUCCACCGUGCACUGCUUUCCCGGCGGCGUGGUGGCGCGCUCCGCCAUCUGCCGUCUCCUCGUCGAUACGCUGCUCGUGCUCGGCCAUCGGCUCGGCCGCGACGAGGCACAGCACCUGCUGGAGUUCCCCCUGCAGCAGCUGUUCGCUUGCUUCGAUCCGUUCGGGCCGCGCGCCUCGAAGGAAGCUGCCGAGGAGGCAUCGCGCUCCGACAGCCCUGCGGCCGUGGGAGAGGAGGAAGUCCGUUUGCUAUUUGUUCCGGCGCUGGCCCACUCGGCGUACGUACCGUUCUGUCAGCUGAUUGGUCAGAUUCGAAUGCGCGAGCUUAUCAUUAACCAUGAGCUUAUUGAGCAGCUGGCGUACGACUGUGAUACGCAGUCUGAGGCUAAGGUCAAGCUGAACGAGGAGUAUCAGACGACGUGGCGAAUGCUGACGUCAAUGUCGGAGAGAGCACCGGUGGUCAGCUCGUCGUUCAGCGUACUGGCGGUGGGGGAGACACUCAGUGAUGUGGAGGAGCUGGACACGGAGCCGUUUGACGAUGCCGUGUCGUUGCCGGGGGCGACGGCCAUACCUAGAGUAGACCAGCUAAACCAGCCGUGGACAAUGAGCAUCGACAACGACACAGCGUUGGUCGGCGACAUGAAGGACUUGGUGCGUGAGCUACACACGGCUGACUCUACACUCAGCAGUACUUCAGGUGCUGCUGCUAGCACUGUGACUAGUGCUGCUUCAGCUGGCAGUCAGGCUGGCAAUCAGCUCGGUCGCCCGUCCAAUAUGGACAUGCUGGAUGCGACGGGCAAUGUGGUGGCCGAACACCGAGGCGCUCCUGCUCCGUUCACGCCUGGCGGUAACCUGGAUGCAUCGUCACCAUUCUUCCGUGGAGUGUCAGCAGUUGAUGGACAUCGUCAUUUAGCAGGGACCUGGCUUGACCAGUGGCAUUCAUCAUUAGCAGGUCGAUUGGGUUCGUUCAACUUUCAACAGAGAAAGCUGCAGACAUUUGGUGGGCAUUCUGGUACCGUGCGAUGCCUGCAUGUUCAUCCGCAAGAGCAUCUGCUGCUGAGCGGUGGCCGCGACAAGACCGUGCGCCUGUGGAGCCUGGCGAACAACGGCGACGGGAGCAGCUGCAUGUCGUCGCGACAUGACUAUCGCAAGCACCAGAAGCCGGUCAGCUUUGUUCACCUGGUGGAGCGCACCGGUGCUGUGGCCUCUUUCGACGGAUCGCUGCAUCUCUGGGACCCGGAGUCUGGCCAGCGGUUGAAGCAGAUGGAGUUCAGCCGUGGCGUUGUAGCCCUUGCCGCACUACCUCCACCGUAUCCGCAGCUUGUGGCCGCAUCCUCUGACGGAGUGCUGAAGUUUGUUGAUGUGCGGAUAGGGCGCAUGCAGCAUGAGUUUCGACUGCGCAGUCAACCAGCUCACGUGCGGUGUAUCUGUGCCGAUACUGGUGGGCACACGAUAGCUGUGGGUUACUCUACUGGCAAUAUUGCCCUGUUGGAGCAACGCACUGGUACUCUCUCAACAUUCUGGCGUGGUCACGAUAGUGAUGUGCUUCAGAUACGUUCACCGGCCGAGCAUCAUUUCAUGACGUCAUCGUCCGAUCAGACGAUCUCACUAUGGCAUGACAGCACUCGCGGUGAUCGUCUUGCUAACUUCCGAGGUCACACCGAGACCGUUCAUUGCCUGGCAUUUCUCAACGAGAACAUCGUGUCAGUGUCCACGAGUAACAAGCUCGGCAUCCACUCCUCCAUGGAUGACCAGGCUGGGUUCCAAAGCUGGAAGAUCAAGAACGAAAUCUUCAGAGGUGGAAUCAGCUCUAUCGGUGUCUUACCAUCGAAUCGUCUUUUACUGUUGGCGGGUGAUUCCGGUCAGAUUGCGUUGGUUUCGUAGAUCGGCUGCUCCAGUUGUUGCUAUCACUGCAGCAGUUAUAGUCGUCUGUUGUAGAGUCAUGAUUGUUAUUUCCACCGCACCUAGCCACACCAAAAGUCCUUGGCUACACAUCAGAAAGAAAAAAAUACCUCUCCAAACCUCUCCGACUUUCUCCGGAUCUUUCCAAACUUUCGCUUUCGCGAUUUUGUCCCAGAGUCGCCUGCUCUUUGUGAACUGUGACAUUCCGUUCACCGUCCAUGUUUUAAUCUUGCAGUGAGCGUCCCUCCGUUCCUGCCUUGUCCAUCUGCCGUCCCGUCCAUCCAGUAUUUCUUUACAUAUUCCAGUUCACGCUGCAUCUGUGCUUGAUAUUAUGGCGCUGUUUGCUUGGCCUUGCGGGCCAUUAAUUGCUUUCACGAACACAUUGUAUACGAAGUUGUAUGUGUGUGGAUUUUAUGGAGCUUUUCUGCAUCACACACUGGACGAUGAUCCUCUUCUUUGAGCCUUUAAAACUUGACUGCUGGCCAGUCAUGACAUGUACACAGUUCAAACUCUUUUGUGAACUGUUUAUCGAUUUUUUUUAUCGUGCGCCCGCGUCACGCCGUGUUUUAAUUUUAUGAGUGUGUGUGUGCGUGCGUGUGUGUGUGUGCGUGUGUGCUUUUCAUCAGAUUGUCUAUAUUAUGGUUGGUUACCACUACGACUGCCUGUCAAUUGCUUCCGCUAUUUACUUUGGCUUGGCGUCCGCUUGACGGCUCUCAAGUAUACAGUAGGCGU